UCUUGCUCCGCCUUAAAGUUCCGUGUCAACGUGGAGGCGAGAAAACCAAGUCUCUGCUUUAGGGCCUGAGUGGAUUGAGCGAUAAUGGCCGGAGCCAGAAAGAGGAAAAAACCUACUGCAAUGAUGGAAUUUGUCUCUUUACAUGAUGUGGAAGUUACUUGCAAGAGAACAAACAGCCUUGCUAAGAAAUUUAUGCCUUCACUUGCAAAAUCAUGGGACGACUGUGGGGAAGGUUUCCAAGAAUUGUUACUAAAGAAGGGUAAGAAAUCUAUGAGCCAAGAUUUAAAAGUAGUACGGAGCUUAACACCUGCACUUCAUUCUGCUGAAGGAGCAACGAAUAUUAGCAGUCAGAACUUGGAGGAAACUGCAGAAAUUCAGUGGAGUUCCAGUGAGAGUGAUUUGUCAGAUGGAGAAGUAAUGCCAAGUAAUUCAAAAGUCAGAGAAGAAAGAAGAUCUGAUCUAAAAAGCCAAAGUACAGACAACACCUACCAGAAAUACAUCCGUAUGCUCAAUUCAUUAUCAAGUAGUCAGUCCAGUGAAGAAGAAGAGCUUGCGAUUGACUGGGACAGUUUCAGUGAUGAUGAAGAUGUGACUUGUAACCAAAUGGAGUGUUUAAUGGACAUCCAUUGCACUGAAUCAGAUGCUUCAGUGAGCAGUCAAGCGAGCAACAGAGAAUGUGUAACAGAAGAUAUUUUAGAAUUUUCAUCCAAUAGUGACUGCACAGCUGAACAGGAUCAAGCAGAAAAAUCCACUCCACCUAUUUCUAUACAGCCAAGUGCAUCUGCUUGUGACCCUGGAUAUAGUCAGCGCUCCGUCAGGUCAGCAAGUGAUUGGUUGAAAUGUGCACAAGCAUUUCUACGGACACCUGAGAAGGAAAAGAGAAAGCUAUUAAAAACCCCAGAAGAUUCAGCCAAAAAGAGAAGAAAAUUUCUAAGGGGAGGACUAGCAGAAAGGUUAAACAGACUACUAUGCAGAGAGAGGUCUGCCAUCAAUUUUUGGAGGCAUCAGUCUUUAACUGAUUCCAGACUUCAAAGAGGUGGAAAAGGAGGUAUUGUAAUGGUGAAAAUCUUGGAGUUACAUGAAGAAUGCUCAACGUUUGUAGCAUUCUGUCAGCCGUUGAUUGACAUCUCCACUCAGCAAGCUAUUGAAAAUGAUGACCAUGGCAACGAAACCCGGCUUAAUGUUUUAUUCACAAGAGAAACAGCAUCCCACCUCAGAAUUGGUGCAGGAGAUAUUGUUCAUAUUUAUCCACCUUGGCAGAAACUUGACGUGCAAGGUGAAAGAACUUCUGUUAUUUUGUGCACUUACUUCAGUCAGAAGAUAUUUUCAAAACAUGUUGCUGGAAUCGGAGUUAAAAAUUGCUCCCCUGAAAAGUUACCUGUGUCCAAAAAAUCCUCAAUAUCUUUAGCUGUGAAAUUUAACCUCGCUGAUGCAAGACAGAAACAUUGUUUAACUGAUCAGGGAAUUGCACUAACUACAGAGAAUACACAAAGUGUAUUAUCAAUAAGCCAACAAGAGAAACCAAUACAGGUGUUGGAUCUUGAACAUAAUUUUUUGGCCAAUAGUGUAUGUGACUCAUUACUUGAAGUAAUUGAAAACCAGGGAGCAGCAGGAUGGGGAAAGAAAAAUCUGAAAGUUGUUAUUCAGAGAGUAUACUGCCUUCCUGUAAAAGAUAUUCUCCACAAUCAACUGAUCAGAAGCAACCACACAGAUCAUUCCCUGUGUUCAAACAUGGGUCAACAAAAUGCAAGGCUCUGUCUUCUGGUGCAAGACGUAUAUGGUUUAUUUAGUGAAGUUCACCAGAACACAUUCUGCUCAGCAGAAGAAGACUUGCUAGCACAAAAUGCUUGCUGGGAGGGAAAGACAUGCUACCUCACAGGAAUGAAGGUUCUCCAGAGAACAACACGUGGAAGGUCUUCAGGGCUCUUCAGUCUUAUUGAAAGUCUGUGGCCUCCAUUGGUUCCUCCAAAGGUCCAUGGGCACAGUCAAGACAGCCAAGAGGUAAAGCAUAUGGAUUUGCCAGCUGAUGUAGUUCUGUCUGUUCCAAGUUUUUGCUAUGUUCUUGCCCCUCUGCCAGGGGAAGGAAGAGUGGAGGUGCUUCAGAGUGAAACUAUAUCUGAUCUUUACCGUCCGAGAACAAUGAACAAUUUGAAACAUAUUCUUCAGCAUACUCCUGAAACUCCACGGUGUAGUUUCAAAGCAGACAUCAUUUACAGAAGGCUCCAGAACAAAAAUCUCAGUCAACUGUCAGAUAACAAUAAUUGGCUUUUUGUGACUGAUUCAACACUACAGUUUGCAAGUCUUGAUGAUGGACUUCCUCGAACCCUUUCAGUUUGUAUAACCUCAUUCUGCAUACCAGGUAUUGAGGUUACUAAAACACUAGAUGGUGAAAUAUCCAGCAGCAUAAUUUUCAAAGAUGCCAUCGUUGAAAAAGGUUCUAUUGUUUGUGCUGAGGGUACAGUACUUUCACUCCAGAAGUCAGUGUCUCAGUGUAAUGAAAAUCAGGAAAUGUCUACAUCGACACAAAAAGUUAUCCUUGAUGAACUCAGUGCUAUGACCAAAGUAAAUUCCAUAUGUACAGUUCAAGGAACUGUGGUUGGUGUGGAUGAGACCACUGCUUUCUCCUGGAUAGUUUGUAACAAAUGUGGAAAUGGAAAAUUGGAAAAGUUGCCUGGGGAAUGUGAACUAUUUUACUGUCAUCAAUGUACUCAGUCUGUGAUGACACCUUUAACAAAGAUCCAGUUGGAAGUGUUUCUGCAUUGUUCAGAGCUACCAAACAGUACCAUAAAAAUUAAGCUACGGGAACCAAGCAUAUCUUCCUUGCUGAUGCAUUCCUCCAGGGAUGAAGAGGGCUAUGAAGUAAGCAGUCUUCUUGGAAAGGAGGUGGGGCCUCUUAGCUGCUUUGUUCAUUUUGUAACACAUCAUCCAUCAAUUUGGAUUGGACUGGAAGAAAUCAGUCUGCUACAGUUGGUAACUCAGCCUCAGUGAAACUUAAGCUCUCAUGCAUCAGCAAUCAUUGUGAAAGUGGUUGUUAAGGUUUAAUAUUUAUAAUGAAUACCUGAUAUAAAUGCAUUCCAUAAAUAAUUGAAUCUCAUGUACUGCAAAUAAGUAAUAACUUUGGAUAUGUAUCAUUGUAUUUAAGUUGUAUAUUUGGAUCUUUUUGGAGGUAUAAUGGUUAAUGAAAUAACAAUGUGGAAAAUCGGAAGAAAGCCUAUUUUAUUUCAUUCUUCUGUUGUGAAACAAAAGACUACUUGAAGGAAAAUAAAUAAAUGUUUACUGUACAUUGAUCUCCAAUUGAAAUAAGGUACCUUGCACAUUUUUCAUUGGGUAUAUCUUCUUCCUAACUAUCAUAGGAGUUCAUAAGUAGCUUAUAAAUGAAUUGAAUACUUGUGGUUGCAACACAGAAUUGUUUAGGCACAUCUUGUCAAUUUGAGGUUUGUUUAUUAUCCCAAUUCUCAAUAUCCAAAUUUUCCAGCCAGCCAGCCAUUUCCCUCUAAUUCUAUGAGUCUCAAUUUUCUUCAGUUGAAUUUUAUCAGACGUCUCCUGAAGAUUAUAUCUGCCUUUUAGACAUCUAUUCAAAAAAAAUUCAAAUGGGUUCAAAUUUUAAAAUUCAUGUUCUAAUUUUAAUGAUCAGCUGAAGUUUGUUCAAAUAUUGUAUCACUCUCAGUGAUAAACAUCAGAUGUUACCUAAAAAUAAAUAGGCUUACUGU